AGCAGUUAACGAGGCAGGUUGGUGAGAGGAGAGGAGAGGAGAGCGGAGGGCAGCACAAGCCGGAGUCUGGAGUCGGCAGUCGGGACAAGGAGCGGAGCGGAACAUGGCCGGGAUUCGCAGCGCAGCGCCGCCAAUACUCCUCAUCUACCUGUUGGCAGGAUGGACAAAGAGCUUGGAGAUCCUCCCCAGUCCAGAUCCAGAGGAGAAAGCUGUGGGUGACAGUGUGAUGUUGCGCUGCCAGUUCACACUGGACAGCGGGGAUAUUGGCCCACUGGACAUCGAGUGGUCAAGGACUCCACCAGAUCCAACUGCUUCCCAAAUCAUUAUCAUCGACUAUUCUGGAGACAGGGUGUACGAGACCAGUGUGGAGGAUAUGAAAGGCCGCGUGCAUUUUAGCUCGGUGGACCCCAAGAACGGCGACGCUUCCAUCAACAUCACGCGGCUAAGGUCCACCGACGCCGGCAUGUACCAUUGCAAAGUGAAGAAGUCUCCUGGCUCAAGAACAAGACCAAUGAAGCUGGAUGUUUCUAUGAAGCCGUCACCUCCAACCUGCCUUGUGGAUGGGACCCAAGAAAUUGGAAAAGACGCAUUAUUGAAAUGUCUGAGUGUUGGCACCCCUCCCAUCACCUAUUUUUGGACCAGGGAAGGAUCUGCACACAUGCUCCCUUCCACUGCAAUUGCGGAUGUCUCUGCCGGAACUCUGAAAGUGAGGAACGCCAGCACGGAUAACUCCGGGGUCUACAAGUGUACGGCGAGGAACAGGGUGGGAAGCUCGGAAUGUUUCAUCAGGCUCGCCGUCUCCUCCUCAUCGAACAACGGCGGCAAGAUCGCUGGGGCCAUCAUCGGAGUCCUCCUCGCCUUGCUAUUGAUCGCAGUCAUCGUCUGGUUCAUCCUCCGGAGGAAGAAGAAGAAGACCACAUAUGAGAAGGAGCAGCCAUUCGAGAUACGGGAGGAUGUCCCCGCUCCAAAGAGCCGUGUUUCAACCGCGCGGAGUUACACCGUGGAUUCCCAGCGUUCAUCUCUGGGCUCGAUGUCUCCUUCCAACAUGGAGGCCUACAAGACCCACUACGACCGCCUGGCCACUGACGAGAUCGAGCGGCUCCCCGCUCACAGCCCGGCCCUCACCCCUUCCUUCAAGGACAAUGGGCAAGGAGCAGAAGGAAAGUCGCAGGGAUACAACUCUAUGUCCAUCGUGUGAACCAGCUGCCCGUGGCGUGGAAUCUCACUCACGUGAUGAAGGAGACCAAAUGAAGAAGGAAGACAUAUUUAUCUUUUGGAUACUUAUCUUUAGAAAGAAAACAAUCGCAUCAGUGCACCUAAUCAGGUGACUCAGGUGAUUUGAUUCUAGUUUAGUUCAGUUUAGAGAUACAGCGCGAAAACAGGCCCUUCGGCCCACCGAGUCCGUGCCGACCAGCGAUCCCCGCACACCAACACUAUCCUACGCACACUGGGGACAAUGAACAAUUUUUACCAAAGCCAAAUUAACCUGCAAACCUGUACGUCUGUGGAGUGUGGGAGGAAACCGGAGCACCCGCAGAAACCCACGCGGUCACUGGGAGAACGUGCAAACUCCGUACAGACAGCACCCGUGGUCAGGAUCGAACCCGGGUCUCUGGCGCUGUGAGGCAGUAACUACUGCUGUGUCACCGUGCCAUCGACAAUGUGUCUCAAAAGAUGAGACAGCUUCCUAAAGCCUCUCCAUACUGUUGUGGUGCAUUUUCCUCGAGCAAGUUCUUUACCUAUUUUUUAUUUGCCUUUCGGGACUUUGGGUGUAAGAUCAUUUUGAUGAUUAAUAAAACCUUUUUUUUUU